UAAAGUGUAAUAUUUAAGGCCACAAAAAGGCAUUUUUGUUCGAAUAUCAGUUUUAAAUACUGAAGAAAUAAAGAGAUAGAAAAUGGAAAAGAAAAAGUAGGAAAGAGUAUUUUAAGAAAGAAAGAGAAGGAAAAAUGAGAGCAGACUCGCAUAUCUUAGAAAAACGUCACACUUUGUCCUUUAAGCCCAAGGCGGACUGGAAAAGAAAGGACGGUAUUUUUAAGGAGGAGUAGGCAGAACAGCAGGGUGGAGACAAAGCAGAACAAGGGGGAGAGGGUUUGAGAAAGAAAAAAAAACUGAGCUUAAAAAAAAGACAGAAAUGGUCUUUUUGUGGUUGCUUAUGAACAGAUAGUACUUUAAGUCAUGCUCUCUGCGUGUGUGUUUCCAUGGUGAUGUCUGAAGGUCAGACCAGCGGAGAGGCUGCUGGUGCCAGGCAGCGACGCAGGACCAGCCCGAGCCCAGAGAGAGAAGACCUGGAGGGGCUUUCCUCACCACCAGCUGCCCACAAACUCUCGACCAUGUACCCUAAGGAGGAGCACAGUGUGGGGGGCAUCAGCUCCUCAGUCAACUAUCUUGAUGGAUCCUAUGAGUUCCCAAACCCAACACAAACCUACGGCACCUCAUCACCCGCUGAGCCUGCCUCGGUUGGAUACUACCCAGCUCCCCCGGACCCCCACGCGCCCCCUGUUGAAGAACAUCUGCAGUCGUUAGGCACUGGAUCCAGCAGCCCUCUCAUCUUUGCACCCUCCAGCCCUCAGUCGUCCCCAUACCUGAGCCAUCACGGUGGACACCACUCGACCCACCAGGUGUCCUACUACCUGGACACCCCUUCUAGCACCGUCUACAGGUCCAGUGUGGUAUCUCCUCAGCAGGCAGGUGUUGGUUUGUGUGAGGAGCUGUGCAGUGACAGACAGGAGUUGUACUCCGGAUCAAGAGGCACAGGAGGGUUUGAUUCAGAGAAGGAGACACGCUUCUGUGCAGUGUGCAGUGACUAUGCCUCUGGCUAUCAUUAUGGAGUCUGGUCCUGUGAGGGAUGUAAAGCUUUCUUCAAGAGAAGCACUCAAGGUCACAAUGACUAUGUUUGUCCAGCGACCAACCAGUGCACUAUUGACAGAAACCGCAGGAAGAGCUGCCAAGCAUGCAGACUACGCAAGUGUUAUGAAGUAGGCAUGGUGAAAGGAGGUAUUCGUAAGGACCGCGGAGGCCGCGCUAUCAGGCGUGAGAGGAAGAGGAGCAGUAAUGAAGAUCAUAUCAAGAGCUACAGUGAGCAGUCAAACCGUACCAGUUUGAGAACAGCUCCCCCGCAGGACAAGAGGACGAAGAGCAGCGGCGGUGUGGUCAGUGCUUUAUGCAUGCCUCCUGACCAGGUGCUGGUGCUGCUUCUGGAGGCAGAGCCCCCGGCCGUCUGCUCACGACAGAAACACAGCCGCCCAUACACCGAGGUCACCAUGAUGUCCCUGCUCACAAACAUGGCUGACAAAGAACUCGUCCACAUGAUUGCCUGGGCUAAGAAAGUACCAGGGUUCCAGGAUCUCUCUCUGCAUGAUCAGAUUCAGUUGUUGGAGAGCUCUUGGCUGGAGGUGUUGAUGAUCGGCCUCAUAUGGAGGUCUAUUCAUUCACCUGGAAAACUCAUCUUUGCUCAGGAUCUCAUCCUGGAUAGGAGCGAAGGAGAAUGUGUCGAGGGGAUGACUGAGAUUUUCGACAUGCUCUUGGCGACUGUGGCUCGCUUCCGUAGUCUCAAACUCAAGCUGGAGGAAUUCCUAUGUCUCAAAGCCAUCGUACUUCUCAAUUCUGGUGCAUUUUCAUUCUGCUCCAGUUCAGUGGAGCCCCUGAUGGACAGCUUCAUGGUACAGUGCAUGCUGGACAACAUCACUGAUGCCCUCAUUUACUGCAUCAGUAAAUCAGGUGCCUCCCUACAGCUGCAGUCUCGACGUCAGGCCCAGCUCCUGCUGCUGCUCUCACACAUCAGACACAUGAGCAACAAAGGAAUGGAGCACUUAUACCGAAUGAAAUGUAAGAAUCGAGUCCCACUGUAUGACCUUUUGUUAGAGAUGCUGGACGCCCAGCAAUUCCAUUCUUCAGGAAAAGUGCAGCGACUGUGGGCACAGAGUGAGAAAGACUCUUCGUCUACACCCACAGCCAGCAGCAGCAGCUCCUCCAGAGGUCCUGGAGCCAUGCAGCCCAACACGGCCAGAGUCCAGACCCCUGAUCUAUGUACAAUCCAACAACUGAGGAAUGUGAAGACUGUGAACCAGUCAGUGCUGUCUAAUAGAUCUGAAGAUGGAACUGAAGUCUCUCCUUGUGCCUUAUCAGAGAACACUUUAGAUUCUGGAAGACCCAUCUAGAAAUGAACACAUUUUAAAACGUAAAAACAUAUUUGAAGAAAUGGACAGGUUGAGUCUUCAAAUUAAACACUAUACAGCUAUGGUCACUUGAUUCAUUAGUUCUGUAAGACAUUUUGAAAAAGUGUCAAACUUGUGAAAAAGGGCUCUUAGGCCUU